UUUCAGUUCACUCAUCCUCUACCUUUCCGAGAAUCUUGAGAUAUGACAUGAUGACGUCAUUGUUGUUCCGGAUGAUACCAAAGCGCGACGCUCACUUGUACGACAGAUGGGAUUCCAGUGACACCGAGUUUCAUAUGUUGCCGAACUGUACGGAUGGAAUUAGAUGGGUCCUGGAUGUUUUUGGGGAUUGUGUCGACACGAACUUGAAAUUAGUUGGUUUUAUCGUUGGGUUCAUAUCAUUGUUCUUGUGGCUUCUACCAUUAAUUCCACAGCUUUUACAUAAUUAUCGUACUAAACGAUGCGAUGGUCUUUCCAUCUAUUUCAUUCUUUUUUGGAUUGUUGGUGAUUCGUGCAAUGCGGCUGGAGCAGUACUUACAGAUCAACAACCUCUUCAAAAAAUUAUUGGUGUUUACUACAUCAUGCAGGAUGUAGUUCUUCUUAGUCAGUAUUUUUAUUACAGUCGCAUCUAUUCACAUCCACUGCGAGUUUCGGCACGAAUUAAUCCAAUAACAAGUCCAACAGCGAUAGUACCUGGCAUUUUUGUUGGAUUAUUUUGGAGUGGGACAUUACUUUCGAGUGGACGUGCAUCAAAUAAAUUUGAUUAUCAAGCUUAUAAAAUGUCAUUCAGAAGAAGAAAAUUACUUUCUGCGGAACUAAUCGGUGGACCACCAUUUUUUUACGGCUACUACGAUUUGCUCGGAUAUAUAAUUGGUUCUAUAGCCGCAACAUGUUACUUUGCUGGUCGAAUCCCGCAGCUGCUGAAAAAUUAUUACCGUCAGUCUUGUGGAGGUCUAUCGCUGAUUAUGUUCUACAUAAUUAUAGCGGCAAAUGCUACAUAUGGAUUAUCUGUUUUACUGGAAGCAACUAAUUGGCAUUAUAUUUUGCGCCAUUUACCAUGGUUGGCAGGUAGUUUAGGUUGUUGUAUAAUCGAUGUCAUUGUGGUAAUGCAGUACUUCUAUUAUGAUCGAUUGAAUCAUCAGAAAGAUAUAAUGGAGCGUGAGGCAUUAUUGGAAGAUGCAGAUUGAUGUUUCUAUAUUUAUUAGUCUUAUGUACGUUGUUUCUGUUGUUUAUAACUCUCAAAUCUAGACGGAUACUUUUCCAAAGAGUAAUGGUUCUUCCGAAAUUUCGACA